AAUUGAGGCGAACUUUGAGAGUUUUUUUUCGAGAAACUAGGUUGCGGAUCUUUGUGAAACAUUAGAGAUAAUUUGACUGGUGCUCGAGAGACACGCGGGAAUUUUUUCGUCUCGAGGAAGCCGCGGUGGUGAUGGGUGCAAAGAGGAUGGUAGAAGUGUUUCAAGUUGCUCAAGAUCGGUCCUUGUCAGUGAAGUGCUAGGAAAUUGGUGCGAUGUGAAACGUUUCGUAUGGAACUGUAGAUGGUGCUAGGAGGCGCGGGAGACCGCUGCACGCUCAGAAAUGCAAACGGCGGGUCUUUUUACGGUGCUCGCAAUAUUCGGGGCAAUCCUGAGCCGCCUAGUCCCCGGUGACAAGGAACUCGCAUUAAUUUCGGGCCGGCACGGCGUGGACAUUUGGCACCGGUACAAGUGAUUUCGCCGCGCAACUACCAUUCUCUUAGACAAUACUUUCCGUGGGACGAUCGCCGGUGGCGAGGAAAGACUGCGGAUAGAGUAAUAUGCUUCUAUUCGAAGCCGCAACGGGCCGAACGUGUUCUGCGGUUAUUCGAUACAUCGAUGCCGGCCGCCCGGAGGCACUUAUUGCAUUCUGGGAUGGGAAGUAACUUCGACCGACUGUGAAUGGGAACAAAGAGCAUCGACUGCGAACUCAUCGUUCCGCCUGCGGCCUCUCCGCGAACACGUUGAGGAUCGAUCAGCGAGAUGAUCUCGCGAAUUCUCCCCAGACGGUUUGAACUAGAUCGCGGACGGCGCAACGAUUUUCUAAAAUUCGCGAGGCUGGUUUCUAUCGGCAGGCCGCCGUCCCGGGUCCGAUUUGCCGCGAGCAGUGGGGGGCACAGCUAUAAGAAGAUUAAUCGGCAACGAGGCGAAGACAGUCCACCGUUGAGUCGAGGAUAGACACCGAACUCCGAGAUCGUUCCCUGGGAUCGUCGCGUGUAACCGCAUCACACGUUCUCGCACGAGGAUAUCAUGUCGGCCAGAAUCGGGAGCGUUCUCAUCAGCGACGCCGUGGACGCUUGCUGCGGCGAGCUGCUGGCUCGCCACGGGGUCCCGGUCACUGCCAAAAGCAAGCUGUCGAAAGAAGAGCUGAUCAAAGAGCUCCAGAACCACGACGCUCUGAUCGUCCGAUCGGAAACAAAAGUGACCAGCGACGUGUUCGAGAGCUGUCCUAAACUGAGAGUGGUCGGCCGUGCUGGGACAGGGGUGGACAACAUCGAUCUACAAGCUGCGACGAAGCACGGAGUGGUGGUCCUAAACACCCCAGGAGGAAACAGCAUCAGUGCCUGCGAGCUAACUUGCGCGUUGAUCUCCGCUUUGGCGCGAAACGUGGCCCAAGCAGCCGGGGCCCUAAAGGAGGGACGAUGGGACAGGAAACUGUACUCCGGGUCGGAGCUGUCCGGCAAGACCCUGGCUGUCCUGGGCAUGGGCCGAAUCGGUCGCGAAGUGGCCCGCAGGAUGCAGGCCUUCGGGAUGCGCGUGAUCGCGUUUGAUCCCGUGCUCACUGUUGAAGACGCGGCGCAGUUGCAAGUGGAGAAGCUCAGUCUGGACGAGAUAUGGCCCCAAGCGGACUACAUCACCGUGCACACGCCCCUCAUUCCUCAAACCAGAAAUCUGAUCAAUGCAGCAACAUUGGCGAAAUGCAAGAAGGGUGUGCGCGUUGUGAACGUGGCCCGUGGAGGCAUCAUCGAUGAAGAGGCGCUCCUCGAGUCCAUCGAGGCCGGCCACUGCGGCGGUGCUGCUUUGGACGUCUUCGUCGAGGAACCGCCCAAGAACCCCGUCACCUUGAAGCUGAUCGCCCAUCCGAAGGUCGUCGCUACUCCGCAUCUUGGAGCAAGCACUACCGAGGCCCAAGAGCGGGUGGCCGUUGAGAUAGCCGAACAGUUCAUAGUGUUGGCCGGCAAGUCCACCGAGUACGCGGUCACAGGCAUAGUGAACGCUCCUAUGAUGUCCGGCGCCAUGAUGAAGGAGAACGCGCCGUGGAUAGACUUGUCGAAGAAACUGGGUCAGCUGGCUGCCCGGCUGUCCAAGGACAAGGACAAGUUGGUGUUGAAGAGCGAGACAGUGGGCAAUGGGAUGAAGGAGAAGGCGUUCAUCCACACUGCUAUCUUGGUCGGUGUCCUGUCCACGCAGACCAAGAAUGGCUUGAACCUGAUCAAUGCUCCAAUGUUGGCUCAGGACAAAGGCGUCGACGUGAAAGCGGGCCAUCGGGAGGCUGGGACCCAGGCUAUUUCCAUUGACAUCGCGGGCCACACGCUUAAAGGAACUGUUCGCAACAACGAACUGCUGUUGCUGUCUCUGGACGAUGCGAUGUUCCCCGGCGGAAUCUCUCUGGCGAACUACGUCGCCCUGUACCAGACGAACAGGGUCGAGGACAUGGCGCAGAUCGUGAACGAAUUCUCGUCGAAAGGCAUCAACAUCCACAGCUUAAACGCCAGCGGCAACUGGAUCGUCGUGCAGGCUGACGAGGAAGUGUCCUUGAAGGUUGAUGGCAUCAAGAAUUUCUGAGCUACAGGCCCGGUACUUAUGCGAUAGAGUCUCGAAACGCCGUUACAUUUCGCGACGGAAGAAACAUGAGCGGACGAUGAGGUAAUCGAUCGAUCAUCGAAGAGGUACACUUAGGGUUCCUAGAUCGUCUUCUUCCAAUUUUGCCUUUCAUUCUGUUCACGUUCCAAGAAAAAAAGAUAUACAGUAUUUGAGAAAGUAGUCGGUGACGAUGUAUUAGGUCUCGAUUCGCGGGUCGUCUAUCAUUUGACUGGAAUAGUUAGGAAACGCUCUAGAAAGCUAUGAGACGCAUGUAUGUAAAUAUUUAUACUUUUGUAUCGUUAGCGUUAAUAAAAUAUUACGUUGUAAAACCA